UGAAUCAAUCCUUCUUCAAUAUUUCUCUAAAUGGCCGAUAUUUUCAACCACCCACCUCCAUCGUAAACUCAAUCUAUCCUGGAGCUCUCCGCCUCCGUCAGCAGCAACAACCGCUCGGAGACUCCCGAUGCGGGGUGGAUAUUAGUCCCGGUAUUUAUCACAAGAGCGACCCUCCAACUCCCUUCGCGAUUCACAUCACAAUCCCGAUUAUUAUUCGCAUAGGUACCGGCGAAGGUGUUGAAAGCUACAACGUCGAUCGUCAUGUCUUCCAGUCUUCCUCCAAUCUCAUCACUACCGUCUCUACCACAGGAUGAGCAAUUCAGAGCUCUUGAUACCCUCUUUGAGCCAUCUCCAGAACUCCACACGCUGAUGGCUCCGGUCCUAUCCAACCAAACUUUCUCCUCGUAUAACAGUCUCAUCGAUGCAGUAGGCGGGCGGAUGUCUGCUCUCUCCCCCAAAAACUCUCCCACCGACGAUAAAAUCCUCACGGGAAUCUUAGGGUCGCACCCUCGCCUUGGACGGCCGAAAGCUGCAGAUACAGAACAUAUGAGCGAGCUCAGUAAGAGGGAGCAGGCCAAUUUGAAUACAGGGGCAGAAGAACAAGCGGAGAAACUGAGGCUACUCAAUGUCGAAUAUGAGGAGAGAUUUCCGGGACUGAGAUUUGUAACCUUUGUCAAUGGAAGAAGCAGAGACGUCAUCAUGGAGGAAAUGCGCCAGAGGAUUGAAAGAGGCGAUAUCGAGCGAGAAAGACAAGAGACCAUCCAGGCAAUGUGUGAUAUAGCCAAAGAUCGAGCUAGAAAACUGGAACAGUCAUCUUUGGAUUGAGCUUGUGUAUUAUCUUUGAACCAAUAGAUCCGAAUGAGAAUAUGGGAACAGAGUCACGAUGGAUUCAGUCCUUCUUAAAACCUGAUGCUCUUCUUGAGGAUGUUGUCUUAGCAAAGCGAUGGAUGUGCGACAACCUAUGCAACGGUUUGAUCUAUUUUGGAAUAGCCAAUGAGACACACUCUCUAAGGCUGCUUCCAGAAAAGCCUCGAAUGAGUUUAAAUGUUCACAAUUAUCCGGGUCUGUCCCGCGCUUGGACUUUAGUCUUGGAUAGAGUGAUAAUCGUGAAAUUGCUAGUUUCUAGAGAGAAGUGUCUGUCUAUCUCUGUCAAAGAGAGCCCAUCCACUGCGUGUAAAGGACUCCAUCUACGGAGUAUAGGGAUGGCCAAAU